AUGGGCAAGGCCUACCACGACAUGACUUCAUCCGGUGACGUGUCUGUCUUCCCGCCUGGGAUCGCUAAGCAUGCCAACAGUUGGGAUUUAAGGCGGGACGAAAUGAAGGUAGAUUUGGCUAUUCAUUAUGAUGCAGAUAUACCAACUUUCCAUCUCUUCCGAAUUCCAUCACUAUUUGUGUCUUCCACCAAUUGCAGUACAGAUUUUGACCCAGAACAUGUCUUUCCAUCGCAAGCUGUUCAGUCAUACGAAUAA